AUGAAGGCCACCAAUUUCUUCUGUAGUCUCUUUGGUGCCGCUGUAUAUUUUACGCAGACAGUGCUAGCACAAGACGAUGUAGCUUCACAUGGAACUUACACGGAGCCAAACACGGGUAUUGUCUUUUAUACUAGCAAUCAAGCCAAUGGAACGAUUACCGGUGAUGGAGAUGAAUCUCACGUGUCCUUGGGAGGCUUCACGUUUGGUAUGGCCUUGCCUGGCAACGCCCUGACUGUGAACAGCUAUGAAUACAUUGGAUUGAUUAUUGGCUCAACUCCAACUGGCAAAGGUGGAUGGGCUGGUAUUCUUCAGGGAACCAACCUCGGAGGUGGCGCUGCUAUGCCGAACCAUCUUAUGCUCUUGGCAUGGCCAACAGGAACCGGUGACCAGAUCGCUACCUCCUUCCGAUACGCAACGUCAUAUCUAGAUCCAUCUAUCUACCAUGGAAGCGCCAAUCUCACUCAAAUCUACUCAAGUGUCAACUCGACCCAUUGGACCCUAGUCUAUAGAUGUCAGAACUGUCUCAUCUAUGACGACCCAACUCAGUCGCCAUCCAACACUUCAACCACAGCUGGAUCAUUCGAGCAGGGAUGGGCUCAAGCUCUGACCCCUCCUGUCAACCCUGCCAAUCCGCUGUCUGAUAUUGGUCAACACGAUAACGGAAUGGGCGAGUUUCAAAUCGAAGUCAAGUCUGCUACACAAGCUUCUUAUUCCGUUUGGGCCACAAAGACGGCUACUGGUGUCAUCGCAUCUGGGACUGCCACUGCUACAGCAACAUUCUCAGCUGUUCCCGUACCCACGACAACUAGCUACGAUUAUAUUGUUAUUGGUGGUGGAGCCGCUGGUAUCCCAAUUGCAGAUAAGCUUUCUGAAGGUGGCAAGUCGGUGCUGUUGAUUGAAAAGGGAGUCGCAUCCUCGGCUAGAUGGGGCGGAACUAUUCGACCUGAAAGUCACUGGAUGGAUGGCUAUAACUUGACUUGGUUCGACGUACCAGGAGAAUGCAACAGAAUCUGGAAUGGCGGCGCUGCCGGAGUUGCUUGCACUGAUACCGAUCAAAUGGCAGGAUGCGUCCUCGGAGGUGGUACUGCUGUCAAUGCUGGUCUCUGGUGGAAGGCCGAUCCAGAUGACUGGGACUACAACUUCCCUGAUGGAUGGCAAUCAGAUGAUAUGGCAGCCGCCACCCAACGUGUAUUCUCACGAAUUCCAGGGACCGACACCCCUAGUAUGGACGGCAAACGAUAUAUUCAAUCUGGUUUCGAUAUCAUCGAGGAAGGUCUUGCUCAGGCUGGUUGGGAAAGCGUCACUGCAAACAACGUCCCAGACCAAAAGAACCAGUCAUAUGCGCACACUCCUUACAUGUACAUCAAUGGAGAGAGAGGAGGUCCUAUGGCAACCUACCUAGUCAGCGCCAACGCUCGAAGCAACUUCCAUAUGUGGUUGAACACUAGUGUUGAGAGAAUCAACAGAGUUGCAGGCCAUGCAACCAGUCUCAAUGUUAUUCCAACCAACAAUGGAGGGCGUUCCGGCACAGUCAGUCUGACUCCUGUCACUGGACGAGUCGUCCUCGCAGCUGGUGCCUUUGGAACUCCCAAGCUCCUCUUCAGAAGUGGUAUCGGUCCCACGGAUAUGCUCGAGGUGGUGCAGUCCAGUGCUGACGGCGCGACUAUGAUUAACCAAACGGAAUGGAUCAACCUCCCCGUCGGAUACAACCUCGAUGACCACUUGAACACUGACUGUGUUAUUUCGCAUCCAAAUAUCUCUUACUACGAUUGGGUUGCUGCAUGGGAUACUCCAAAUGUCACAGAUAUGAACAAUUAUCUCACCAAGCGUUCUGGCCCACUUGCCCAAGCAGCACCAAAUAUCGGCCCUAUGAUCUGGGAAGAGAUUGAAGGACCAGAUGGCAUUGUCAGAGCCUUCCAAUGGACAUCUCGAGUGGAAGGAUCAAAUGGUGUACCAAACGGCGACUCCAUGACAAUGUCACUCUAUCUUGGUCGUGGUGCCGUCUCCCGUGGUCGCACCGUUAUUCAAAAGGGCUUGAACAUGAUCGUAUCCGAGCUGCCCUACGGCAACGCGAACGAUCUCGCAACUGUGGCAACUGCCAUCGACCAUAUGGUAGCAGCACUCAAGCCUGUCCCUCAACUCACAUGGAACUUACCACCUUCCAACAUGACCGGAGCCGAGUAUGUUGCAUCGGUUCCUCUGACCUACGCCAACGUCGGUGCCCGUCGCGCCAACCACUGGCUCGGAACCGCCAAGAUCGGCGCCGACGACGGUCGCAUUGCUAACGGCACAGCGGUCGUUGACCUCGACGCCAAGGUUUACGGCACAGAUAACAUCUUCGUCGUUGAUGCUUCGAUCCAUCCCGGAAUGCCGACCACGAAUCCUAGCGCCCUAAUCGUGGUCGCGGCCGAGCAUGCCAGUGAGCUCAUCUUGGCUCUACCGGUCCCGUCUCCUGUUGCCAAGUAUAGCCAGUGUGGUGGUUUGUACUAUGAUGGCAGCAUGGUCUGUGAGACGGGCUCUACUUGUACUAUCGGCAACGCCUAUUAUUCUCAAUGUCUGUAA